CUCAAUAGUUGGACGCCUUUCUGGUCCUCGCUGGACGAGAGCAAUAAUUCUUUGAGAAAAUCGUCGUACUGCUGGGGCCCGAAUCGGCGGUUGUGUAUCGUCAUCAGAAUCGCUAUCUUGCAUUGA